CAAGCCCGUCAAGAUGAACGCUGUCAUUUUGUUCUGUGCCCUAGCUUUGGCUGGUGUGUCCGCCCUCCCUGCCCACCUGAAUUCUGCUAAUGUGGCAGCAGGGGAUCUACAGAUGGCUGACACCAUUGAAACCGAAGAUAUUCAUGUUCACCUGGAAGAUAUUACCCACGGCAUCAAGAAAGUCACUGAUGUAGCUGCCUCUAUUUUGGGGAAAAGGGACAUUGAAACCGAAGACAUUCAUGUUCACCUUGAAGAUGUUACCCACGGCAUCAAGAAAGUCACUGGUUUCGCUGCCUCCAUUCUUGGCAAAAGGGACAUUGAAACUGAAGACAUUCAUGUUCACCUGGAAGAUGUUACCCACGGCAUCAAGAAAGUCACUGAUGUAGCUGCCUCUAUUUUUGGGAAAAGGGACAUUGAAACCGAAGACAUUCAUGUUCACCUUGAAGAUGUUACCCACGGCAUCAAGAAAGUCACUGGUUUCGCUGCCUCCAUUCUUGGCAAAAGGGACAUUGAAACUGAAGACAUUCAUGUUCACCUGGAAGAUGUUACCCACGGCAUCAAGAAAGUCACUGAUGUAGCUGCCUCUAUUUUUGGGAAAAGGGACAUUGAAACCGAAGACAUUCAUGUUCACCUUGAAGAUGUUACCCACGGUAUCAAGAAAGUCACUGGUUUAGCUGCUUCUAUUUUUGGCAAAAGGGACAUUGAAACUGAAGACAUUCAUGUUCACCUGGAAGAUGUUACCCACGGCAUCAAGAAAGUCACUGGUUUAGCUGCUUCUAUUUUUGGCAAGAGAGACAGUAUUCCAGUCGAGGCUCAAGACACAAACUGGGGUGCUGUAAAAGACGAUGUUAAAGGCAUUGGCAAAGAUCUCGUGAAAUUAACACCAGUUAUUGCAGGCUUGUUUGGCAAAAGAGACACUCUUCAAGUAGAACUUCAAGAUACCAACUGGGGUGCUGUAAAAGACGAUGUUAAAGGCAUUGGCAAAGAUCUCGUGAAAUUAGCACCAACUAUUUCACGCCUAUUCGGAAAAAGAGACAGUCUUCCAGUAGAACUUCAAGACACCAAUUGGGGUGCUGUAAAAGACGAUGUUAAGGGCAUUGGCAAAGAUCUCGUGAAAAUAGCACCAGUUGUUGCAGGCUUGUUUGGCAAAAGAGACACUCUUCAAGUAGAACUUCAAGAUACCAACUGGGGUGCUGUAAAAGAUGAUGUUAAAGGCAUUGGCAAAGAUCUUGUAAAAUUAGCACCAACUAUUUCACGCUUAUUUGGCAAAAGGGGGGCAGAUAUUGAAGAUUUUGAUUUUGGAAAAGUCAUAAAUGAAGUCAAGAACGGUGUGGCAGUCCUUAAACUGCUUGGAUGAAAUGUUGAUAAGUGAGGAAAAAAAAUUUUCAUAAGGUCAAGACCGGUCUUACAGGCCUCAAACUGUUUUGAGAAGGUGAUGAUGAGCAAGAUUUUGACUUGGGAAAAGUUAUUUAUG